AUGGAGUUACCAACAAAACAGCCGGUUUCUGGUAGCCGGAAAAUCUCAUACUCGAUAGAAACGAGGAACCUGUCAUACAGAUUGAGGACCCAAUUUGAUGAGGUGAAUUGGGCAUGCUUUGGUUGGAGCAAAAAGACAAAUCAAAAUUUCAUUUUGAAGAAUGUAAAUUGUGAAGCAAAGGGGAGAGAAGUAACUGCAAUUGCAGGGCCUAGUGGAGCUGGCAAAACCACACUGCUCGAGAUUCUUGCAGGGAAGAUUUCUCCAAGUGAAGUUUCUGGCCAAGUUCUGGUUAAUGAUAGGCCUAUGGAUACUAGAUGUUUUCGGAGAAUAUCCGCUUAUGUCACUCAAUUUGAUGCCUUGUUUCCUUUACUUACAGUUGAAGAAACACUCAUGUAUAGUGCCCUCCUAAGGCGGUCCGGGGGCCAGAAAGAGGCUGCUGCUAGAGUGAGACAGCUGCUGAAGGAGUUGGGGUUGGAUCACGUUGCGGAUUCAAGAGUUGGAGGAGGAUCGAGCAGUGUUGUUUCGGGUGGUGAAAGGCGGAGAGUUUCGAUUGGAGUUGAUUUAGUCCAUGACCCUGAUGUGAUUUUGAUCGACGAACCGACUUCAGGGCUGGAUUCUGCUUCAGCACUCCAUGUAGUCUCUUUGCUCAAGACGAUGGCAGUUAGUCAAGGCAAGACGGUUGUUCUAACCAUCCACCAACCCAGUUUUCGAAUCCUCGAGCAGUUUGAUCGAAUCGUUCUGCUUUCAAAUGGAAAUGUGGCGCAUAAUGGACCGCUGAAUCUUCUUGAAGAGAGGCUUACGUUUGCCUGGAACCAUAGAAUUCCCAUGCAUGUCAAUGCGCUCGAAUUCGCCAUUGAUGUUGUUGAAAGCUUGGUUGUACAAACUUCAGAAACUUUUGGCAGGCAAUAUAAUUUCCUCGAGACAAUAGACAAAGAACAACAAAAUAGGGAUCGAGAUCCCAAAAUCAGGCUUGCGUUAUCUGGAAGUUGUACAGAAGAAAAGUUUGUUUUCUACACAAAUACUAGGCUCAAGGAAGUUGUAAUACUAGGGAAAAGAUUUUGCAGCAACAUAUUAAGAACCAAGCAGCUGUUUACGACAAGAAUUGUCCAAGCACUAGUGGCUGGAUUAGUACUUGGAACCAUAUUCCUUGAUGUUGGCAAUGACCAAGGAAAAGUUGCUUUACAAACGCAAACCGGGUUUUUCGCAUUCAGCCUCACUUUCUUGCUAUCUUCCACAACAGAAGGCCUUCCAAUCUUCCUGCAAGAGAGAAAAAUUCUAAUGAACGAGACGGAAAGAGGCGCUUACAGAGUUUCCUCCUAUGUCAUGGCAAACACCCUCGUGUUUCUUCCAUUUCUUCUGAUGGUUAGUAUUCUGUAUGCCACGCCGAUUUAUUGGCUUGUCGGAUUAAGGAGAGAAAUCGACGGUUUUCUUUACUUCUCUCUAGUGGUUUGGAUGGUUCUCUUGAUUUCCAAUUCAUUUGUGGCAUGUUUCAGUGCCCUAGUGCCCAACUUCAUCAUGGGGACAUCAGUCAUUGCAGGGCUAAUGGGAUCUUUCUUUCUCUUUUCGGGCUAUUUCAUAUCGAAGGAAAACUUGCCUAAUUACUGGCUUUUCAUGCACUACUUGAGCCUUUUCAAGUACCCUUUUGAGUGUUUCUUGGUAAAUGAGUAUGGUGUAAAGCAAGGGAAGAAAAAGUGCUUAGAAACUGAGCAAGGAAGAGGGUGCAUUCUAUAUGGAGAUGGGUUCUUGAGACAGCAGGGUUUGAAGGAGUCUUUGAAAUGGAGCAAUUUGGGUGUGAUGUUGGGUUUCAUUGUUGGGUAUAGAGUGCUUUGUUUUUUGAUUCUGUGGUACAGAUGUUACAGAAGCAGAAAGUAG